AUCCGUCAGUUGCUGAAUACUGAGACAGACUGUUAUUGACAGGAUUUCUUUUUUAUACAAUAGGAAGAUGGGACUUCAGGGAUCUUAUUUACUCAUCCUGGCCUGCAUUCUCAGUGGAGGUUCUGCAGUAAAAAUUAUGAGUGAAGAAACUGUCUACGCCUCAACUGGUAGUAAUGUGACUCUAAAAUGCAGCAUCUUUCAAGGAAAGGAAACCCAUGUAACACAGAUUCAGUGGUCUAAGUUUGUUGAUGGCCUAAACAGAAUAAUAGCUGUGUAUAACCCUCGCUAUGGCACAAAAUACUUCGACGUAGCUUACAACAAUUCAGCAAGUUUUGAGAAAGGCUUCCAUGAUGGUUGGACUGACUUCAGCAGGACUUCCAAAGAAGUUAAUUCUAUAGCAAACAACCUAGAAUGCAAUCAGUGGGUUCUACAACUCAAGAAUGUUACACUUGAACUCUCUGGCUCCUAUGAAUGUAUCUUUACCACAUUUCCAAUUGGAACAAGCAGCUCAAAAAUACAUCUUAUUGUUAAGAAAAGAGAUUACAAGUUACAUGCAUUACUAAACCAGACCCUGGAAAUUCCAUGCUUGAGCAUUACACCUCAUCAUAUAAACCUGGCAAAUGCUUCUAUAACAUGGUUACUGCAGAAAGAAAAUGGAAGUGAAGAGAUCCUAAUCAGGAAACAGUCCUAUUACCUUCAAGACUAUACAACUUAUCUCACUGUGUACAAGGACAGAAUCCAAAUGAGUUCAAAAAAUGCAUUAUUGAUUUCACCAGUGACAGUUAUUGAUGAUGGCAAGAAGUUUGUCUGUUCAAUUGCCAAUGUCCCUGGAAGAAUACAGGAAAGUGCAAUUCAAGUGAAAGUAUUUGAAAAACCAGAAAUCUCCCUUGUGCUGCACACAGACUCCAUAGGAAAGGCAAAUUUUACAUGUGUGAUAAAGAAGGCAUAUCCAGAGCCAAAACUUAUGUGGUACAUGGGUGAAGAGAUUUUGGAUGAAAAAUCUGAAGGGUUCUUAAUUGAAAAUAAAGGCAUAAAACGUAUAGGAAGUUUUUAUGAGAGGACAUCAUUCUUGUCAAUAUGGAAUACAACUCCUUCAUCCAUUAAUCAGGCCUUCAAAUGCAUGUCUGUGUACCAUUUCACUAGAAGUGAAAGAUGGAAUACUUCAUCUAAAGAAAUAAUUAUUCCUCAUGAAUUUCAGGCUACAUUGUUGGCAUAUUCAGAAUUCAUUAAUCACGUUACUGCAAUUCCAUAUUCUCCCACAGAAAGGUUACAGACUACACUUUCUGAGGUCUUGGAAGUACCUCUGGCAUCAGAUUUUCCUUCAGAAAGUAACCUGUCCACCAGAAGAGUGACUGAACUUACCACACAGAGUACACCUACUAAUCCAUAUACUGUAAAGGAUGGCCUUAAUACUGGAAGCCUGUCCACCAGAAGAGUGACUGAACUUACCACACAGAGUACACCUACUAAUCCAUAUACUGUAAAGGAUGGCCUUAAUACUGGUUCUACAAUUGUUCCAAAACAUAGUACAUUUCCCUGGCCAGCAGUUGUAGCACUUCUGCUUCUCUUCUGCACAUUCUUAAUCAUUUGUGGGAUCAGAAAAUGGUGUCAGCAUCAAAGAAAAAUUAUGAAUAAACCUCCAUCUUUCAAGCCACCUCCUCCACCAGUUAAGUAUACCUCCAUCCAAGUCUAUAAUAAGAUUUACGCAUCCUGCGAUGAAUUAGAAAAUAUGGUGUGAAAAUCUAUAAUGAUCCAGCAUCAGAAUGGCAUGCUUACUGUAUAGCUUUUACAAUAAAUGGCAAGCAUUUACUGGCAGUGACGCACAUUCCCAUUUGAACUGCUUAAUCUUGCAUUUGUGCUAAAGUACAUGGUAUCUAGCACGUUUACUAACACAGAUUACCUUUUGUAAUUGGUCCAUCAUGAAAUCAAUCAUAUGGCAGGUGACAGGUACUGAGCCUUAGCUGGGAAACAAUGAAUGUACAUCCAAUAUACAAAUGUAAUCUGUUUGUUUGUUUGUAAGACAAUGAAGGCAUGAUUAAUGUGUAUGCUAUUCACUGAUAAUCUCAACUAUAUGUUUCUUUCCAUCUUAUACCCAUAUUUUUGCUAUACUGGAGAUGCUCCAAGGGCUAUCUGUUCUUCAGACAGUAGCCUAAAAAUGAGAAGUCCACAUUACUGUGCAUGAAUGGGAAGAAUCAAUAAUAAAUCAGGCACAAAUGCAAGGACUUCAUUAGGGAAUUCAUUUCCACUAGCUGUAUGUAGAAAUAUAUUGACUUACAUAAAACUCAAAUGAAAGAUACAAUUAAAAUUCCAAUAGAGGAGAAUAUAUAUGGCUCAGGUUGAACUGUGGAGUCCUUGGUACUCUCUGAGCUUGGUUGUUUAAUUGCAGAUGUUUCAUUACUUAACUAAGUAACAUCAUCAGUGUGAGUGAGGGUGGGGUGUGCUCCCUGUUUAUUUACAGUAGCUUGCCCUGCCAGGGUUGGUGGGGGUGUGGCUUUUCUCCUUG